ACACUUGCACUUGCGAGUCUCCGUCUCUCUGCAUCUCUGCAAUUCCCACUUUCACCAAUCGCCUCAAUAGCGCGUGCAGUCCACCAAACUCUCUGCCACUUUAACCCGCGCAGACACACUCUACUCUAUUGUCAUCUUCUUCAGGUACCAAACUCCUCCGAAAGUGCUAAAGCCCAAAUUAUUCUCCAUCAAAUCCCCCCAAAAUCCUUCCCUUCUCCGCCGAUUCUGUCCAUGAAGCUAUCAGUUGCUUAAUUUCAACCUCCAAUUUUUUCCACCGGCGACGUUCUUUGGUUUGUUCGCAUUUUAUCUGUUUUCAGUACUCCAUAGCCAAAUUUAAAUGGGAAGUUCAAUGGAUCAAAGUUCUGAUGGGGACACAGAUAUGAGUGAAUCUGAAAUGGAUGAGUAUGAAGCUCAAUCUUAUGAAGAACUGAAGAAUGGAAAUCACUCUGUGAAAAUUUCAGAUGAGACUUUCACUUGUCCUUACUGCCCCAAGAAAAGAAAGAGAGAUUACUUGUACAAGGAUCUUCUCCAGCAUGCUUCUGGGGUGGGCAAGAGUUCAUCAAAAAAAAGAUCUGCCAAGGAAAAGGCAAAUCACUUGGCAUUAGUUAAGUACUUGGAGAAGGAUCUAGCAGAUGUAGGCAGCCCAUCAAAGCAAAAGGGUGACACUGAUCCUCUCAGUGGUUGCAACCAAAAUGAGAAACUGGUGUGGCCUUGGACAGGCAUUGUGGUUAAUAUUCCAACUGCAAUGGCACAGGAUGGACGAUGUGUAGGAGCUAGUGGAUCCAAGUUUAGGGACGAGUUGAUAAGUAGGGGCUUUAAUCCCAUAAGAGUUCAUCCAUUAUGGAAUUACCGAGGUCAUUCAGGAACUGCUGUUGUUGAAUUCCACAAAGAUUGGCCUGGUUUACAUAAUGCCCUUUCAUUUGAGAAGGCCUAUGAAGCUGAUCAUCAUGGGAAAAAAGCUUGGUUUGUCAGUAGUGGAGAAAAAUUUGGUGUCUAUUGUUGGGUUGCACGUGCUGAUGAUUAUAAAGCAGAUAAUAUAAUUGGAGAACACCUAAGAAAGACUGGAGACCUUAAAACAAUUUCUGAAAUCAUGGAGGAAGAAGCAAGAAAGCAGGACAAACUAAUAUCCAAUCUCAAUAACAUUAUUGAGACUAAGAAUAAACACUUAAAAGAGAUGGAACAGAAGUGUAGUGAGACUUCAAUCUCCCUCAACAAGUUGAUGGAAGAAAAAGAUAGGCUUCUUCAUGCCUAUAAUGAAGAGAUUAAAAAAAUUCAAAUGAGUGCAAGGGAGCACUUUCAGAAGAUAUUUAAUGAACACGAAAAGCUAAAGUUGCAACUAGAAUCUCAGAAACAGGAGCUUGAAAUGCGUGGGUCAGAAUUGGAAAUGCGCGAAGCCAAGAAUGAAAUUGAUAGAAGGCAGCUUUCUGAAGAGAUUGAAAAGAAUGCAAUCAGAAAUAGCUCACUUCAGUUGGCUUCUUUGGAGCAAGAGAAGGCUGAUGAGAAUGUUUUGAAAUUGGCUGAAGAUCAGAAGAGGCAAAAAGAGGAACUGCACAACAGAAUCAUUCAACUGGAAAAGAAGCUGGACGCCAAACAAGCUCUGGAACUGGAAAUUGAGAGACUUAGAGGCUCAUAUAACGUGAUGAAGCAUAUGGGAGAUGAUGGCGAUGCAGAAGUUCUGAAAAGGAUGGAAUUAAUAAUUGAGAAUCUGAGAGAAAAGGAAAUAGAAUUUGAGGAAUUAGAAACCCUGAACCAGGCUCUUAUUGUAAAAGAGCGCAAGAGCAAUGAUGAACUGCAGGAAGCUCGGAAGGAAUUAAUUAAUGGCCUGAAAGAGGUAUCAACUCGUGCUCAUAUUGGUGUUAAGAGAAUGGGAGAACUAGACAGUAAACCAUUCCUUGAAGUAAUGAAGAAAAAGUAUACAGAAGAUGAAGCAGAAGUCAGGGCUUCAGAACUUUGCUCAUUGUGGGUGGAAUAUCUCAAGGAUCCUGACUGGCAUCCUUUUAAAGUUGUCAUGGUUGAUGGAGAACACAGGGAAGUAAUUAACAAUGAGGACGAAAAAUUGAAAGAUUUGCGAGAUGAGAUGGGCGAUGAAGUUUACAAGGCCGUUACUGAUGCUUUAAUGGAGAUAAAUGAAUACAACCCCAGUGGAAGGUAUAUAAUCUCAGAGCUGUGGAAUUAUAAAGAAGGGCAGAAGGCUACGUUGAAAGAGGGAGUCUCAUUUUUAAUGAAGCAAUGGCAAAUAGCUAAACGCAAGAGGCUUCUUUGAAGGAAACAAUCAUAUCCUAUGCUGAGAUGAUGUGCCCCAAAGUUGGGAGGCAGCUGAACGGGGGAUGAGGCGUUAUAAAAUGAGCAGCCUUCUUAUUUCAUAUUCUCGUUUGCUUCAGGCAUUAAUUCCGUGCAGGCUAGGCUGAUUUAUUGUUUGUCUUUCAGAACUGUAUUUUACGUUGUGUUUGACUUUGCCAUAAGCCAAAUCAGCUUCACGUCAGUCGCGAAAUGCUCUGGCUUGUGAGAACUGGAGAAAUAACUUGGCUUAUUUGCUGUGAUAUAUUGAAUAUGAUGGUUGCAGGAGAUGCUGCUCUUGUGGAGCAGCUUGCCUCAACUUUCCAUGUAACUUGUAGUUUAUCGGUGUUACAACAACUUGUAGGCAUAUGUUUGGAGAGAAAUCUGCCUGACUCUCCAAUUUUCAAUGCAAAUGUGCAUCGUCUGGUAUAAGUUUGUGUAUCAAGGGAGAAGGCUUGACUUUAAAAUCUAUGAUUUAUUGUUGUCUUUACGCGUGUCUUGGGGAGUCAGCCGUUAAUCGGAUGGUUUCCAGUUACGUAAGAGGUGGGUUAUAAGCUUGGUUCCCUGACAGCUCUUUUGUGAACGACUAUGGAUCGCUUUUGACGAGAUAAUAAUCUGUCAAAACAACGAGCCUUUGGGACAUGUGGAUUCAAAGCUAAAUGUGGAUUGCAGCUUAUAGAGCCAAUGCUUUCUUCCCCUUGAGCAGGGGAAAUUAGAGAAUGUUUCAGCAAUGCAUCAUUGAAGAAACAGUUUCCUUCAGGGUGCUACCCUAAAUUGCUACCAUAUUAUGAGUUAUUUACACAUACUCGCAUGAAAGAAAAAAAAAAUAUUAAUAAUUCUAACCCGUGAGCGUGUCAAUGAUAUUCACAUGGUAAUCUAGUUGUUGUUGUUAUUAUUAUUAUUAUUGCAAGAUGAUAUAUAAUUCCAGUUUUUAUGAAUAAAUCUGGAUUACUUAGCAUUAUUAAUAGUUCAUGUUCACAGAGAGAGAGAGAGGUGUUCCAGCUUCAUAAUAGAUCCAUGUUAGACCGUUGUUGUUUAUGUAAAUGAAUUCAUUACUUAAUACCAUUGUUGCUUAAGCUAAUAAUACUUUGUUUUAACAUAUAAAUCUAUGAAUAUAUAUAAAUCCAAUUAGCAUCUACUAGUUAUUUAUGCUUUGGAUCACUGCUAUCGACUUUAUUCCAUUUUUCACUAGUUGCAGAUCCAACUGCUGGAGCUGGAAAGCUUCCAUCCAUGAAACCAAAUUUACCCUUGGUUCUCUGGGCAAGAAUCAUGGAGCUACUCCAUGAUAGGUAAUUUCUUCCUGUCAAAGGAGCACUCAACAACAUUGUGCCUAGGUGAUCUGAAUUUUGCAGAUGAACAAGGUUAUUUUCAGAAGCCUGGGUUGGAUUUUGAUUAGUGGCAAUGGCAGUGAUACUAUUUGUUUCGGCCAUUGGUUGCUAAAAGAGAAGAGGAUGAUAAUGAGCAAGAAGGCGAAUAGCAUGGAGCCAAUGUAAUUUCAGUGAAUUCUAUAGAAUUCCAUGCACUUUGUGUUAGUCGUCCUCAAAAUUGUAUUCAAAUUGAACAAUGGGCUUUACUAAUGGGCUCUCGAAAGCCCUAGGAGUUCGGACUGUCCUAUAAAAUUGAAAAAACCUAGAAUUUCAAGCAUUCUUGCUGGAAUAGCUCUGCAUCUGUGUCUUGAGUUUCCAGCCGUCACCAAAACCUCCCUCGGCUAAAAUUUUUCGUUAUUUUUUCUCCCAAAUUUGCAUCUUUUGAUUCUUUAAUUAGGUGUAUAAACUAAUGGGUGAUGAUUUGAAAGAGAGAGGCUUGAGUGGGGAUCUCAAAAAUCUAACCAGAGGGUAAAGGGAGUGAAAGGCAAAGAAGAUGCCGCCAUUCUUCUUAAGGAAUUGAGCUUGGAUGUCUCCAAUUUGCCAUUUUUUCCUUCUUUUUUGCCUCUUUUGAGUUGGGUUUUCCCACAGUGAGGGAUCUUUCAAUCCUUUACACUUGAGAUAUGAACCCAAAUCUCAAAUUUUAUGCAUAUUAUUAUUAUCUCUUCUCCUUUUUGCUUCGGAGUUUGUAACAAUUUGCAUUUGUUGUUUUUUUUGUUAUGAGGAAGCACUUUGUUUUUGUUUUCUCAUUGAACAACAGUGCAGACAGAGAAAGCCUGAUUGCUACUUCGUUUUCUCAAAGCAGAGUGCUGUUUUGGGGAAAAUAGUUAUGUAAUUAGGCAGCGGCCAGACAACCGUAGGGAUGGAAUCCACAGAUGGCGGAUUUUUGAUACCGCUUUGUCUACUAAAUCCCAUCUCACAUUUAAAUUUUUAAUGGAUGACAUUGAUUGCACUCA